CCCCGCUAUUACAGCAUUGACGCGAUCCUCUCGACGCUCCGCACAACCUAUUCCGACGCAACCCACCCGAUUAACGCCAACAAAGAAGACUGCGUUUACGUCACUACCUCCCCCACCAAAUUCCUCAUCCACAGUAUCAACCCUCAAAUCAAAUUUUCAGGACUCCCCUUUUGAUUCCACAACUUUACAAAAAGUUUGUUUUACCAUUCACAGAUCUGCUCCACUGUAAGCUACAAAGAUCAGCCAUUUUUGCAUUCUUGAUCAAUUACCAGUUGAUAUUCCCCGGUCCAUCGUCAAAGCUUGCAGCUUUAGCCUGUUUUGUCCUACUGUGCUCGUUCUGCAGUCUGGGUAUUCUUGGGGCGGCUUUGAGAAUGUCUCUUAGAAGUAUAAUCCCUCGGGACACGAAAGGUGAAUGUGGGAGUAUCUCUAGGAAAGGUUUUGAGGUGAGGUUUGGUCGGUCAUGGUCACAGAGGAUGGUUCAGGACAGCUUUGUGGAACAUGUAGAUGCGCUGAGGCAGAGCUGUUGGGCUAAUAUGCCACCUGAGCUCUUGAGGGAUGUUCUUAAGAGGAUUGAGGCUUCUGAAUCCACAUGGCCGCCUAGGAAAAGUGUGGUUUCUUGUGCUGGCGUUUGCAGGAGCUGGAGAGAAAUUAUGAAAGAAACUGUUAAGCGGCCGGAUGUUUGUGGCAGAUUAACAUUCCCUAUCUCUCUGAAACAGCCGGGACCAAGGGAUACUCUCUGCCAAUGUUUCAUAAAGCGUAACCGCAGUUCACAAACAUAUCAUCUUUAUUUAAAUUUCAGUGAAGCAUCUAAUGAUGAUGGCAAGUUCCUUCUUGCUGCUCAAAAGUGUAGACGGACAACAUGUACAGAAUACAUCAUCUCCUUAAACCCUGAAAAUAUCUCAAAGGGAAGACGUUCCUACAUUGGAAAGCUAAGGUCUAACUUUCUGGGGACUAAGUUUGUAAUUUAUGAUGCACAGCCCCCUUCUGAAAUCAAGUUGACUAAAUCUCAUUCUACCAAGCUGGUGGGAACCAAACAAAUCUCUCCAAGUAUACCAUCUGGAAACUACCCUGUAGCUCAUAUUUCUUAUGAAUCAAAUGUUCUUGGUUCUAGAGGACCAAGGAGAAUGCAGUGCAUCAUGGAUGGGAUCCCCGCUUCAUCUGUUGAACCGGGAGGUGUAGCCCCCACACAAACUGAGUUCCUUCCUGUCAGCAUAGAUUCAUUCCCUUCUUUUCCAUUUUUCCGCUCAAAAUCCAAGCGUGGGGAUGGUAUCCAAUCUGAAACCUUAACAGUUCAGAAAGACGAUGUUUUAACAAUGAGGAACAAGGCUCCAGGGUGGCACGAGCAACUUCAAUGCUGGUGUCUUAACUUCCAUGGGCGGGUAACGGUCGCUUCUGUCAAAAACUUCCAGUUGGUUGCUUCUUCUAUGGGAAAUGAGGGUAGAGUUGGACAUGAACGUGAAAGUGUCAUUCUUCAAUUUGGGAAAGUUGGAAGGGAUGUGUAUACCAUGGAUUAUCAGUAUCCGAUUUCGGCUUUCCAGGCAUUUGCUAUUUGCCUCAGCAGCUUUGACACCAAAAUUGCUCGUGAAUGAUAAGCCAGAUGCAUCAAGAGCUGUUCAGGGACACAAAUAUGCUCUUUGGGCUUCUACAAAUUGCCACGUUGAUCCUCCUUUUUCUGCAUCCGUUGCGUUGUGCCCCCGUUUUUUUGCUCAUUUUGUUUUGUACAUAAUUCAAUACGGGGAUGAUAGUUUUUUUCAUCUUUUAUCCAUAGUAUCACAUUUCAGUGGUUGCUGCAUGUUCCACAGAAUCGUUUUCCUUGUGACUUCAUUUUUUUGCACAUUGACAAGUCAUUGGGCUGUGAUUAUCCUCAUGGAAUGUUUGCAUGAUGAACGCUUGCAAGAGGUUACACACUUGUUUUAAUGUCCGUUUAAAGAAAGUAUUACUAAGUAUAUCAACUGACUUGAAUUUCACCAAGUAUUCC